UCUUUAGUUAUGUAAUAACAGACUGUGUAAUAAUACAUGAUGGGAUCCUGUGAAGCAGAGUUUUUUUCACAUAUUGACAAGCUCCGUGUCGACCUGCUAAACAGUGUGGAAGUCAGGACACACUGUCAGCGUGUUGAAGAAGAAAUCAGCCACAAGGAAAUUUUGACCCGCAUUGAAAACAUAAUCCUGGGAAUAGUGACCAGUCUUUCCAAAGAUGAGGCCCCUGUCCUGGCACUGCCCAACAGAUCCAGCUGGUCCAACGUCAGUUUUGACAGUGCCGUCGGGCUUCAAAUGAGUUCAGGAAGUUCUGUCACCACCAUUAGGAGCGACUGUCCGUCAUCUGUCACUAAAUAUGCGCAAAUUCUCAAGAUUCUCUCGGUCAUCUACAGGCUUGUGCAGAGCGACUCAUAUGCUACAAAAAGAGACAUCUUCUACAACAACACGCAGCUGUUUGCUUCACAGAAAGCUGUUGAUAGUAUCGUGGAUGAUAUCUCCUGCAUGUUAAAGGUUCCUCGCAGGUCGCUACAUGUGUUGGCCACGUCCAAGGGAUUAAUCUCCGGUGAUCUGUGUUAUAUGGAAGAGGACGGCACAAGGAUCGACUGCCGCUCCAGCUCUGCUACUGUUGCAGUUUCAUCAAACAUUGGUGGGAUUAAAAAUAUCGUAUCAUCUGCUAAAUUUGUCCUGGUUGUUGAGAAGGAUGCAACGUUUCAAAGACUUCUGGACGAUGACUUCUGCACAAAGCUGUCUCCUUGCAUCAUGAUCACAGGUAAAGGCGUACCAGAUGUGAACAGCAGGCUGAUGGUGAGAAAGCUCUGGGACACGCUGCACAUCCCCAUCUUCGCUCUGGUGGAUGCUGACCCUCACGGGAUUGAGAUCAUGUGUAUCUACAAGUACGGAUCAGUGGCCAUGUCGUUUGAGGCCCACAAUCUGACCGUCCCCAGCGUUAUGUGGCUAGGCCUCCUCCCCUCUGACCUCCGGAGGUUGCAGGUUCCUGAGGAUAGCCUGAUCCCCCUCACCAAGAGAGAUGAAAGCAAACUCAGCAGCCUCCUCAAAAGGCCGUACUUAACCAGCCAACCAGAAUGGCAGAAAGAGAUGGAACUGAUGCAGCAGAGUAAGGUCAAGGCUGAAAUACAGUCCCUAGCAGCCAUAGCUCCUGAUUUCCUCGCCAACAUCUACCUGCCCAACAAGCUGCGUUACGGGGGCUGGGUGUGA